CGGCCAAAUCCCCUGCUCGUCUUCUUCUUCUUCUUCUUCCACCUCUCCUCUUCCUCUCCCGUUCCUCGCGAGCCCAGCAGGAUGGAGACCGCCACCAUGGCGUGGACGGCGGCGGUGGCCGGUGUGGGCCUCGUCUACUGGUUCUUCUGGGUGAUGGGCGCGGCGGAGGUGAAGGGCAAGCGCGGCGUGGAUCUCAAGAUGGGAUCCAUCACGGACGACAAGGUCAAGGACAAGUACACGCAGUACUGGUCCUUCUUCCGCGCGCCCAAGGACACCGCCGCCACCGCCGCCGACCGCGAGAAGGUGCCCGCCUUCGUCGACACCUUCUACAACCUCGUCACCGACAUCUACGAGUGGGGCUGGGGCCAGUCCUUCCACUUCUCGCCCGCCCUGCCCGGCAAGUCCGACCGCCACGCCACCCGCGUCCACGAGGAGCGCGUCGCCGACCUCCUCAACGCCAAACCAGCCCACCGCCUCCUCGACGUCGGCUGCGGCGUCGGCGGGCCCAUGCGCGCCAUCGCCGCCCACUCCGGCUCCAAGGUCGUCGGCAUCACCAUCAACGACUACCAGGUCAACCGCGCCCGCGCCCACAACCGCAAGGCCGGGCUCGACUCCCAGUGCGAGGUGGUGUGCGGCAACUUCAUGGCCAUGCCCUUCCCCGACGCCUCCUUCGACGGCGCAUACUCCAUCGAGGCCACCUGCCACGCGCCCAGGCUGCAGGACGUCUACGCCGAGGUCUUCCGCGUGCUCAAGCCCGGGGGACUCUACGUCUCCUACGAGUGGGUCACCACCGCGCUCUACCGCGCCGACGACCCAGCCCACGUCGAGGCCAUCCAUGGCAUCGAGCGCGGCGACGCACUCCCGGGCCUCCGCCACCACGACGAGAUCGCGGACAUCGCCAGAGAAGUGGGAUUCGAGGUCGUCAAGGAGCUCGACCUCGCGCUGCCCCCGUCCCUGCCCUGGUGGACGCGCCUCAAGAUGGGCAAGUUCGCCUACUGGCGCAACUCCCUCGUCGUCCGCGUCCUCACCCUGCUCCGGAUCGCGCCCAAGGGCGUCGUCGAGGUCCACGAGAUGCUCUUCGACACCGCCAAGCACCUCACCCUCGGCGGCGAGACCGGCAUCUUCUCGCCCAUGCACAUGGUGCUCCUCCGCAAGCCCGCCGACGCCGCAUCAGACGAGAGCAAAUAGUUAUCACCAUUUACUCCCCGACUUGGAAGAGGAAAGGGUAAGAAAUAAUUGAUUGAUUUCGCAGAGUUAACAACUACCCGGAGGACAGGUUUAAUGGAGUGCUUCAAUGCAUUUUGAUCUUCUUGCCCACAAGAUAUAUCAUAGGCACGACGGAUGGAUGCUUGAUUUUUACCCUUGUUCGUGCUAGGAGCUUUCAGUUUUUCCAUUUUUUGGACCGGAGAGGUGGAUGGUGAGGGGGCUGGAUUUAGAUUUGUUUCUGCUUUGAUUCAUCCGUGGAUAGAUCUCAUCUCAUCUCGAUGUGUAUCAUCAGCUAUGUUUUGUCUGCAACAAGAAGAAUUGGAAUAUGGCAUUAAAUUAUUUACAGAAUCAAA